AUGGGUCGCCUCAACCAGGAUGAUCUCCCCGGAGCAUCGUCGCACUCGCUCUAUUCGCUCGAUUCCGACGAUCUGCCGCCGCCCUACACCGAUGAACCCAGCCUCGAUGCCGCACCAGCGAUCCAGCAUCCCGCGCCUAGUUUCCUCCCCCUCCGUCUCGUCGACUCAGCCUAUAUCCUCCCCGGCACAACAGACAUAAAGCCCCAUGACACGCGCGCCGUCACCCUCGCGCCGAUCCUCUCUCGCAACAGCGAUGAGCUCUUCCGUGCCAUCCGCAGUCAGAUGAAGCUGCCUCUGCGGCCGCUACUCGGCGUGCGUGGCACGCACACCGAAUCGAGCCACGAUAGGAAAGAAAAAAGGAACCAGACUGUCACCGACUUUGAGUUCCAGCUCGAUCUUGCGGAGACCAUGCUGACCGGCUGGGAGGGCGACCCGUUGUGCCAGAACUGGAUGGAAAUUGCAGUGAUUCGGGAUGGAGAUGAUAAGCCUGCAUUCCGCGGUGGCAUUCUCCGCUCGCGCACGUACAAGGCCCCUGCAUCGCGCAGUGUAGCCAGCCAUGCCGAGGACAGCGAGGCUGCCCUCCUCGGGUCAGAUACCGCGGUUGAUACCGGUGACCAGAGGGAUUCUCCUGCUCUGGCACGCGUCAAAGCUGAUCUGCAGAUGUGGUGCGAGCGAUUCUGUCUCGACCCGUCGCCUGUGAAAUCCUUCACCCUCCACCGUCAUCUCCAAGGCUUCGACUAUAGAAUCAUGCAUAAUGUUCUGGCCUCACACAUUCAGUCGCUCAACUACCGCGGCUCAGUCAACUUCUGGUUCUCGAAAGCCCACAGUUCUGUCACCAUCUACUCCCCCCACUGGAUCAAUCGGAUGCGCACCAACAAAUUCAUCUGGUGGGUUUUUGUCAUCCUGCAGCUCUGGAUCGUUACUUGGCCCAUCAUCUGGCUGCUUGAGAAGCGAUAUGAGGUCGCCCACACACAGUGGAAUGCGUCACUCAAACCGGAAGUCGACUCGGGCCUGGUGAAGUGCUACGCUCAAGGUCGUGACGAAUCUGCUCUGGCGGAGUACUGGACUCCGGCUGUGAAGCAAGCGGCGUGGAGUCGGCGGCGUGGAGAAGCUGGUCUUUUGACUCGCCUGGACGCUGAUCGACUGCAAGGAAUGACCACAGAACAGUUGCUCCAUCUUCGCGCUGAGACGUCGGAUGCAGAGCGGAAUCGACAGGACCGCGUCAACCGAGGCGAAGCUGGUUUUGUUGAUAAUGUCGUGGGGCUGGUUCGAGGGAUCGGAGAAGUUAGACAGGACUGGAGGUUGACGAUGGGAUGGGGAGGAGACUGUUAA